UUUUGAGUCCUUUUCCUUUCUUGACGUUACUUACUAAUAUCUUCCAGCCGAAACAUAAACUAUUGCCCCUUUUUGGAUAACUCCUUUUCGAUUUUCGUUCUUCAAUUUUCUUGUGAUCUCAAAAAUCUUUGAUGGGGAGAUUAUUUGUGUUGACUCUUGAAGGAAACAUAUACAGCUGCAAGCACUGUGGAACUCAUCUUGCCCUUUCUGAAAACAUUGUUUCCAAGUCUUUCCAGUGCAGACAUGGGAAGGCUUAUCUCUUCAGGAAGGUGGUGAAUGUCACUUCUGGUGAGAUAGAAAAUAGAAUGAUGAUGACUGGUAUGCACACUGUGGCAGACAUUUUCUGUGUCUGUUGUGGGUCAAAUGUUGGAUGGAAAUAUGUGAGUAUGGAGUGA